AUGGAAUAUAUUAAAUAUCAAAUGGAAGAGCUCAUUGAAACUAUGUCUAACUACUGCAUUAUGAAGGCAGUGAGUACAUCUGCCGAAGUGAUAGAUGAUAGUAUAUGUUACUACGAUAAGCGUGUCAUGGAAGAACGUUUAAUGGAUUGCGGAUCUGAUGUAGCUUUUGAGUGUAACAAAUCGAUGGUGUAUAAAAUUCCUUUCCCUGAAAAUGUCUCUAUUUUUGAUAUGAUUAUUUUUAUGAUAUCAUCUAAAGGAUUAUCGAAGCAAUUUAUGGAGACUACAAGAAUGCAAAUAUACGUCGGAAAUAGAAGCGAUACUGGUUACAUUAAUACUAUAGAAUCUAAGUAUCACAUGGGUGAUCGUGGAGGUAGAGCUUACAUGAAUGAUAUGAAUACCAUUCCUAUAUCAAGAGUUUUAGAUGUUCUACCUCAACUAUCCAUUGAUUUAGAUGACCUUUGCGAUAAUAUGCAAGUCUUGCUAGACAUAGAUCCAACAUGUAAUAUUUACGAGGAUUCUGAAGAUAGAACUGAAUUAUUAGAUAAAUACGUUAGUUAUGAUACAUCGGCAGAAAUUUAUCCAUCAUAUUUAUUUGGGGAUAAGUCUGAUACAUCAAUUCCAAAGUCUAGUACAUCUUCACAUAAGGAUCCUGUUGGAGUAGGACUUACAGAUGAAGAGAUAGGUAACUUUGAUAAAAGUGAAGAGAUGUCUGUUAAAGAGAUGGUUACUCAGAUAUUUUUGAAAGUUAACUCCACUGCCCAUAAAGUUGAUGCUAUGGCUAAUAAGAUGGUACUUAUGGGUAGAAAGAUUGACAGACUUUAUACAUUAGUAGGAUCAAGAGAUAAAGUCGCAAGACCAUCUUUUGAAUCAUCUACGCAAGGAAAUGAUCAUUAUAGGUCUCAUGAUAACCUUCAAAAUAACGUAAAUCUAGGAUAUGAUGCACAAAACUAUGAUGAUGAAGGAGAUCAAUCUAAUGAUUUUGGUUUGAUACCUAAUGAAAAUUUAUUGAAUCAUAAUACCUAUGAUAUAAAAAGUAACACUCAAAAUUUUAAUAGUAGUAUUUCAACUAAUACAAGAUCAAUUGCGCCUAAUAUUGACAAGAUUAAUAUGUCCUAUGUGGUGACCUAG